UUGCUCCCGUGCAGGCUCCUCGGGCCAUAAAGUCAGAUUGCUUUCUCCUUGUCUCCAACUCGCCCUCCACUAGCCUAACGGUCUCAUCGUCACUUGCUUUUGGACCUCCGGUCUCAACUCAGCUCGAAAUGGACCCCAACUGCUCCUGCACCACUGGUGACUCCUGCAGCUGCGCCAGCUCAUGUAAAUGCAAAGAGUGCAAAUGCACUUCCUGCAAAAAGAGCUGCUGCUCCUGCUGCCCCGUGGGCUGUGCCAAGUGCACCCAGGGCUGUGUCUGCAAAGGGGCAUCGGACAAGUGCAGCUGCUGUGCCUGAGUCUGGGGAGAGCCCUGCUCCCAGAUGUAAAUGGACCAACAUGUACACUCCCGGAUUUUUUUUUAACAAACCUGAGCCAUUUACCACAUUCCAUUUUCUACGAAAUAUGUGAAUUAGAAUAAAAAUCAUUUACUUUA